UCUUACUAAGCCACAGUGUAGAGAGCUGCGAGUUACCGUAUGUCACGUACCUUAAUACAGCACAGUUUACAAGCUCGAAGGAAUGAAAGGUCGGCAAAGAAGCAACGGAAGAAAACCAAGAUAGCUUGCUAGUGUUAAUGACCGAAUAGGACGAAGAUAUAUUUUCAUCUUGUGUGAGAGCUCGCAAUCAGGGAGCAGUAAAAGCAGUGAUGCAAAUGCUGAGAUUGGUGGCAACGUAAAGCGAAGGUGUGGUAACGUUACGGUGUCAUUCUAGAUGAUGUGGACGAAGAUUUUCAUCACGACCUGCAUUUCGCUUAUGAGCCUUCUGUCGUGCUCAGAAACAGUGCCCAUAAGUGUGGAUAAGACGAAAGUCACCCGUCCGGAGGAGAAAGUCCAAGAACCACCUCAAAGUGUGGACACUGGACUGCAUUAUGAUCGCUAUCUAAGAGAAGUGAUCGAUUUUCUGGAAAAAGACCAACAUUUCAGAGAAAAACUCCACAAUACGGAUAUGGAAGAUAUAAAGCAAGGGAAACUAGCAAAAGAACUGGACUUUGUCAGCCACCAUGUGAGAACCAAGCUGGAUGAAUUAAAAAGGCAAGAAGUGAGCCGUCUAAGGACAUUAAUCAAGGCCAAGCAGGACAUCGAAGGAGGGAAUGACAUGGCUGUGGAUCACCAGGCCCUACUAAAGCAGUUUGAGUAUUUGAACCACAUGAAUCCCCACACCUUUGAAGUGGAGGAUCUGGACAGACUGAUAAAAUCGGCAACAAAAGAUCUGGAAAAUUAUGACAAGGAGAGGCAUGAGGAGUUUAAGAGAUAUGAAAUGAUGAAGGAGCACGAGCGUAGGGAGCAUCUGAAGACACUGGAUGAGGAGGGCAGGAGGAAAGAGGAGGAACACUACGAGGAGAUGAAGAAAAAACACGCCGAUCAUCCCAAAGUCAACCAUCCUGGCAGUCAGGAUCAGCUAAAGGAAGUUUGGGAGGAGGCUGAUGGUCUUGAUCCAGAGGAUUUUGACCCUAAAACUUUCUUCAACUUGCAUGACACAAAUGGAGAUGGCUUCUUUGAUGAACAAGAGUUGGAGGCUCUGUUUACUAAGGAGUUAGAGAAGAUCUAUGAUCCUACCAAUGAGGAGGAUGACAUGGUGGAAAUGGAGGAAGAAAGGCUUCGUAUGAGAGAGCAUGUUAUGAAUGAGGUGGAUACUAAUAAGGACAGACUGGUUUCCUUGGAUGAGUUUCUAGUCGCUACAAAGAGAAAAGAAUUUCUGGAACCAGACAGCUGGGAGACUUUGGAACAGAACCAGGCUUACACAGAAGAAGAGAUGAGGGAGUUUGAAGAACGUCUGGUCAAGCAGGAGGAGGAUCUAAACCAAAAAGCUGCUGACCUUCAGAAGCAGAGGGAGGAACUGGAGAGACAGCAAGAGCAGCUCAAUGCCCAGAAAAUUGAGCUUCAGCAGGCUGUAGAGCACAUGGAAAGAUUAAAAACACAAAAAGUGGAGCCACCCAGAGGAGAUCAAGUUGAUGGAAACGCUAUACCAGAAUCACCCGGAAAUGACCAGCCGCUGCCACCAGGCCAACAGCCAGUGCCUCCGGUCCAGCAGGAUAUCCCUCAGAUCCAGCACGAUUUACCUCAGGGCCAAGACCAUUCACCCCAGGAAGCCCACCAUGUGCCCAAGGAAAACCAGCCAUUGCCACCUGGUCAUCAGGCAGUGGCUGAAGGUGAUCAACAGGCACCCCAGGGUCAACACACCUUGCCCUAGGACAACUGUUAGGAGGCUACUGCCAGCUAGAAGCGUGUGACUGUGUGGACUAACAUCCCUGGCACAGUGCCCACAGACACCUCUACAUACAGCACAGACCUUCUCUCCAGUGUGGACUUAAUACAUCUCAAACCUGUGUCCGUGUACGACCUCUAGUUCUGCAGAGCUGAGAAACCACAUCUCUCACAAGAUAACCUGGCAUUUCAGUUUUGCAUUGCAAUUCCGAACAGAGACCUUUAGGUUUGAAAAGGUAGAUGGUUUUAAUUUUGCUAUUGAUUUUUAUUUUUCUUUUUUCAAAAAUGUGGUUUAUUAGUGGAAACUCUUGUGUUUUGCACAGUUAUUUUCAGGCCACUUUCAAAAUAAAAGUUUAGAAAAUAAAGCUAUGGUUGUAAGAAACUCAGAUGGAUGUUUUAUGUCAUUUUAUGCUGGUAUUUAUUCUUUUGUACACUUAUGAUUGGAUUUCAUAGACCAAAAUAUCAUUGUCGGUCCUCUGUGAACAAAGAGCCAGAGUACCCCUGCCUUUACACCCAACCCUUCUGAACAGUUAAUGCAUUUCUUUUGUAAAGACAGCUACUUGGCAUACUUUGGCAGCCAUGCCCAUACAUCCACGUUAUAAUCGAGUUUCGUUUUAAAUAUCAUUGCUUGCUGAGAUUGUUUAGCUGAUGCUUGAAAGAUGUGAAAAGUAUUUGGGCACCUAUCUGUUUGUACGUUAAGUACGCAAGUAUGUUACAAUUAGGCAAACGUUUUUGACAAUAUCCAUUGUAAUAAAAUCUUGAGUUGUAAGGGAUUGUAAAAGAAAAUGUGGCCUUCAUAAUAAAUUUUAAAAAAGAAUGAUAAGAACUGUCAGAUAUUCUGUGUAUUAAAACCAAAUCCUUGUUGCUGGAUUCACCUGUGCAUAUGAAAAUGACUGAAAGUGCU